CAGGAACGAUAACUCCCAAUUACUGACCUUGAUCAUUACUUGGAGCUCAAUACAAGUACUAUUUUUCUGUGUCUGAGGUAGGUGACCUACAUAACAGGGAAAUGGCAUACCCUUACAUGAGAAAAGUAGGCACCGGCCUUACUGGUAUGAUGAAAGUGGAACAUCCUCACAGGAGGUUAACAAUAUUGUAUGAGAAAGUUAUACAAACAAUCAUCAAACUUCCAGCAGAGAGUGUGUAUCGCCAGCAUACUGAACCAAUGUACCGUCAAAAACUCGCCCUAGUCAAAUCGGUGGAGGAUGUAAAAGAUUUAGAACAACAGUUGGGAGAUAAUCAUAUUGAGGAGUCUCUGCUUUCUGCAGAAAGGGAGCUUAUGUUAACUAGAAAUAUGUUAAAGUGGAAACCAUGGGAACCAUUAAUAGGAGAAGCUCCGAAGAACCAGUGGACUUGGCCACCCAACUAAAAAAACUGAAAUGUGUUUUUUGAUGUUAAAAUAUAUUUGCAUUAUUGUAAACUUAUUUGAAUUAAAUAAUAAAAUGAUACACUACAGUAAA